UCAACGUAACUUCCGCCCUUCUUCCGUAUUUUAGGAGGUAGGAAAACAUCUUAUGCAAGUUAUUACUGAAGAAUGGUGCUAAAAUAUUAUAAUCUGUCUGGUUAAGGGGGACUUUUCAUGUGAGCUAAGGAUAUGGAGACUUCUAAAUCAUCCACAAUGCAGGUUAGCUUUGUGUGUCAGCGAUGCAGUCAACCUCUAAAGCUUGAUACCUCCUUCAAAAUCUUGGAUAAGGUUACAGUUAUGGAGCUUACAGCUCCAUUGGUGACCACUGCAGCAGUGAAACCUAGAGACAUACAGGAAGAGGACACGCAUAUAGAAGAAACAUUUGUCGAGAGCAAGCUAGAUGGAGUAUCCCGAAGACUUAUCCCACCUGUUAGGAUGAUGUCGACAGAAAGUGCAAAUAGCUUUACAUUGAUAGGAGAAGCAUCUGAUGGAGGUACCAUGGAGAACCUGAGCAGAAGACUUAAGGUGACUGGAGAUCUGUUUGACAUCAUGUCAGGGCAUACUGAUGUGGACCACCCUCUAUGUGAAGAGUGUACUGACACACUUUUAGACCAGCUGGACACGCAGCUGAACAUUACAGAAAAUGAAUGUCAAACCUACAAACGCUGCCUGGAGAUCUUGGAAAAAAUGAAUGAAAAUGAUAAGGAAAAGCUGGAAAUAAAACUGAAGGAGCUGGUUGAAGAUGAGGAACGACUUAUAGAAGAGUUAGAGGAAGUAGAGCGAAACCGUGAACGUGUGGCUCAAGAAAUACAGCAUGUCAGAGAAGAAGGAGACAGACUGGAGCAGGAGGAGGCUCAGUACCAGAAAGAGUAUAGUGAGUUUAAGCGCCAGCAAUUGGAACUAGAUGAUGAGAGAGUCAGCGUGGAGAAUCAGAUGGCAUAUGCUCAGAGCCAGCUGGAUAAGUUAAAGAAGACCAACGUCUUUAAUGCCACCUUCCACAUCUGGCACAGCGGGCAGUUUGGCACCAUCAACAAUUUCCGCCUCGGCAGGCUUCCCAGUGUCCCUGUGGAAUGGAAUGAAAUAAAUGCAGCCUGGGGACAGACUGUUUUACUCUUGCAUGCACUGGCUAAUAAGAUAGGGCUGGAUUUUCAGAGGUAUCGCUUAGUUCCAUUUGGAAAUCAUUCAUACUUGGAGUCCCUUACAGAUAAGUCUAAGGAACUACCACUUUACUGUUCUGGAGGGCUGAGAUUUUUCUGGGAUAAUAAAUUUGAUCAUGCAAUGGUGGCUUUCCUGGAUUGUGUUCAGCAGUUUAAAGAAAAAGUGGAGAAGCGAGACACUGAUUUUUGUCUACCAUACAGGAUGGACGUAGAGAAGGGGAAAAUUGAAGAUACAGGCGGCAGUGGUGGAUCCUACUCCAUUAAGACACAGUUUAACUCUGAGGAACAGUGGACCAAGGCCCUAAAAUUCAUGCUAACCAAUCUUAAGUGGGGUCUGGCUUGGGUUUCUUCGCAGUUCUAUAACAAAUGAUUACAUUUUAUGGGAGCAACUGAUCAAAAGAUGCUCAAUUUAGUCAUGUCUGAUGUUUGUCAAAAUGAGGAAGUACAGAGAGCACUUUUGUGACUGUGAUAGUAUAGUUAGCUUUUUCUGUCUGUGCCUUGCUACUGUGUUCAGCAGCUUGGUUAACAUCCUAUCGCUGCUAUAGCAAACAUUCGUGUGUCUACGACAAUAUUUCCUAAGGCCAAUAGGUGAGCAUUGGUACCAUGUUACCCAUAGAAACACAGUAGACCAGUUGAGUCAAAUUGAUUCCUUUAUUGGCUAACCAAGUAUAUUUAGAACGCAAGCUUUCAAGACCUCUGUCUCCUCUUCUUCAGGCAUAUUAUAUAUGAUAAAAGUGAACAGCAUCUCCCUUAAAUGUGCAUCACAUUGGAAAGCAGCUUAGAUCAUUACAGUCCAGGGCGAGGAUGGUUGCAAUCCAUACCUCACUAUACCGCCAUCACAAACUGUAAAAACUAAAAGAGUUCUAUAAACCAAUUAUAUAUUAUCAAGAAAGCGUAGAAUCUAAGUUAUCCUUGUAGUCUUGUUAUACAAUUAUGACCAUGUAUUUGGUGUUAAACUUUAGCAGUCAGUAACAAAGUUUGUAAUGUAUUUAGUUGUCUAGCAAAUUCAAAAUCUUAUUGUAAUGCAUAUUUUCAGCAUCUGUGCACUGAAAACACUGAAAUAAAAUUUUACUUUGUAAUUCUAAAUUAAA